UGAAAAAUUACUGUUUCGCCCACUUUUCUCUGAAUAAAACAUAUGAUGCUGAUCAAGUUACUCAAUCCAACUGGCCGAAAUUAAUAGAAUCGUAUUCCUAACAUACGUAUCAUUAUUUUUGAUACCUCCAUAUUCAAUGAAUUGAUAGUAUGAAGGACGGAGCCAUGUCGCUGCAAGACAACCAACACACUGACGACGAGGGCAGCCCUAGCCCAGGGCAGGCCAUGCAAGCUGAGCAACCAUUCCAAGAGAUGCAAACGGAACAUCCAUUUCAAAAUAUGCAGACAGAAUUACAAAGCAAAGGAGCUGUGUUGACCAAAGCUUGGUCGGACUUGUUUAGUUUUAUCACCAGGUACCAAGCAGAACUUGUGGUGAAGGAAAAUUCUGUUGAAAUCGCAGGAAAAGAAAUCAAUAUGCGGAAACGUCAGUUGGACGAAAUGAAACCAGUGGUGGAUGCUGGGAAUGAGGAGAUCACCAAGUUACAGGAGGAGAUUAAAGCCAAUCAAAGACUGCUGAAUAGAACACAAUCAGAGCUGACUGUAAAAGAACAAAUGUUACAAAGUGUGCGAUCUGAUUUGAACUGUAAUAUGGACAUGUUAGACAAGUCGAGGAGUGAACUUUUAGGAAAGCAGACAGAGGUUGUGCGUUAUCGUGCUGAUUUAGAACGAUUGAAAUCAGAAUUAACAAUAAAACAAGAGCAGAUUUCAAUAAAAGACCAUCUAUUGAAAAAGUUACAAAAUCAGUUGAUGAAGGAGAAUGCGGAAUUGAAAGAACAGUUAGAGUUAAAAGAGAGGACACUGGAGAUGGAAAGACGAGCUCAUGAGUUCACUAAGAGAAGUCUUAGGCAAAGUAAAUCAAAAUCGUCCAAUGUGGCUGCCCAACCUGUGAUAGAGAUUCCAGACUCCCCUCCAACUUUAGAUCUCUCCGUGGAACAAGCAGACUUUGGUCUUUCCAACAUCAUUUCCAUGGCCGAGUCUCAAUCAAAAUCAGCACAACCAAUGGAACAGGAUGUGGGUUCGUCACAAUUCAGGCUGUCACAUCCAAACCAGGACAAUGCUAUAUCUCGCAUCUCUGCCAUGACCACCGAUACUUUCUCCGAUCUCUCUCACCGCAUGUUGUCACAGGGUAAUACUUCCAUGUCAGCUACGCCAACAAAAGAACAAUGGUCUUCGGUGUCGCCCUCUAUAACGUCGCCCAUGCAAUCUCUCUCUCAUGACAAUUUUAAUCCAGUGAGCAGCGCAAGUGAUACAUUCUUCCCAUUAAGUGUCUCACAAGACGAUGAGGACAAUAAAAGCGGAAUUGACACUUCUGCUGGUGCUAUGAUGAUGGACUCGCAGCGUGACUCAGGUAUGAUGCCAGGCACGCCUAGUUCAGGGGCAAGUGACAGUAAUCAGGGCCCCCCUGUGCCGAUAUCGGGGCCUAUCCCGAGUACGGGAAUGUCACCUGGAGGAGAUGGAAAGACUGCCUUUUUUGGCCCUGGCCAUGUUUCAGUCCGGUGGGACAUGACGGCUUCAAGGAGCUCUCUUAGAUGUCAAAUCUGUGGCAAGACAUCGCAGAACAAGACAAACUAUGAGGCGCACUUCAGGAGUCACAUUGGUGAAAAACCAUUUAGUUGUAAAAAAUGUCAUAAAUCGUUUACGACGAAGGGUUCCUUGAAGUUGCAUCUUUUCCUUCAUACUGGGGAGAAACCAUUUGUUUGUGGGACUUGUGGGAAGAAAUUCCGCCGUAAGGACCACUUGAGUAUUCAUCAAUUUGUGCAUAUGAAAGGUGCCGGUGGGAAUUUUGUAUAAAUGUAUAAUUGUGGAAGUUGUUAACAAUGUUGAUGGGUAAUACAUGUACAUACUUAUGGAAGGAGAGGACCGUUUAAUGAAAGAAUACAGGCAGUAGCAAAGGGGUCAAUUUUGGUCUCCAUUCAGAUGACUCACUCAAUCUGGCUCCUGCCUGCAGUCUUCAUUUAUGUAUUUAUCAAUUUGUAUACAUGAAAGAUGGUGUUGGAUGCUUCUAAGAAUGCAUGGAAAGGGCACAUCCAAAAUUAUCAAGAUUUUUAGAAGAGUAUGUGGUACUUGCAGACCCCAUCCAUCCCCUAAAAAUCUUUUUAUUCAAUAAACAAUGAAAAGACUUCAUAAGUUGCUGACGCUAUGUUUUGUACUCUUUUGAAGAUGUUGAUAAUGAUGGAUGACUCUAAAUCACUGUUAAAGCAUAGAGUAAUAAUCUCAAUGGAUGAUAUGACAUGUGUCAUUGUUUGUGAUUGUACAUAAUGCAGCCUCCAGGCAUUUUAUUAGCUGUAGUCAAUAACUGGCUGUACACUUUCUGGCCAAAUCGCCACAUUAUAGUAUUCUAAAGAAAAUACUAUCAUCAUGUCAGCCAAAUCCAACCACCAGCUAUUAAAAUGAGUGGGUGCAACAUACAUAAAAACUGAUAACAUAAAACUUAUCUGUAAAACUAAUCAUAUAUUCAUGUACAUGUAGGAUAGCAUACAUAUUCUCAUCGCUGAGCAAGAAGAUAUCGAAUGUUUUCAUUUGUGAUAUAAGUUGGUCUAUCUGCAGCACAUUUCUGCAUUUAUUUUCGGAUAUAGUAACAGUAAUUGUGUCUAAGAUUUGGGUUGUGUAAUUAUGUUAAUUAUAUGGCAAUCGUAUAUCAUAAUGAUACGCAGGAUUAUGAAUUUCUUGCGUAGAAUAAGCCCCCUGAUUUGAUCUGGCCACAUUAUAGAAGUUGGGCCAUUUCAGUAAUGUCUUUUUUGUAACGAUAAUUGUCAGUCUGUUCCCGUAGUAGUGAGUAUAGAGUUGAAUGAACAACUUUGGGUAAUUCAUCCCUCAUGAUUCAUGUAAGGUAGACUGGUACAAUUACAUGUACAGUCUUGGCAUGAUUACAGCCCAAUAAAGUGCACUUAACAGUUGACAGUACACAUUAACACACACAGGGGCGGUAAUUGUACUAAGACUAUAAUUGUACCGCUGAAUACCUAAUUAGGACAUACAGUUCAUGUUCAGUGUACCAUCAAGUAUGGAUUAAUCAAAUCUAUACUUGGUGUCAUGUAUCUGUGUAUUCAAUAGAAUAGUUCUAAGAAAUUAAAAAGUAUUAAAUCAUAAUAAAG